CAUUCGAAAUCAGUCAAUGUUGAGUUGACGGCGCGAGAAGACGCGGGAGAAAGAGAGCGGAGAAUUGGAGAGCUAGUUGAAGAACCAGAGAUAAGAAUUAGGGUCCCCGUCGCUGUGCCGUCUUGCAGAAUCUAAAAGAAUCUAAAUAUCACAAUACACGGAUUCCAAAUUGAAAGAAUCACAAACGAGAAACGAAAAUAAUCCAAGUUGCAGAACCGUCGCUGUGCCGUUAAAUUACUUAUUGUUUUUUGUGUGUGACUGACUACAUGUGUGCCUCCUAGGUAAUGAGUGAAGUUGGCAGUGAUUCCAACAGCAGAGACUAAAGACUUUUGGGCGCCACCAAGUGCCCCGCCGUGUGGAGAAUGCUGGUGCCGUCGGACAUGAUUGCGGCGCAGUCCAAGAUGGUCUACCAGAUGAACAAGUACUGUGCGGACCGCGUCCAGGUGCGCAAGGCGCAGAUCCACAAGCAGAUCCAGGAGGUGUGUCGCAUCGUCCAGGACGUGCUCAAGGAGGUGGAGGUGCAGGAGCCGCGAUUCAUCUCCUCGCUGAACGACUACAACGGUCGCUUCGAGGGCCUGGAGGUCAUAUCGCCCACGGAAUUCGAGAUCAUCAUCUAUCUGAACCAGAUGGGCGUGCUCAACUUUGUGGACGAUGGCACCUUGCCGGGAUGUGCCGUCCUGAAGCUGAGUGACGGCAGGAAGAGGUCCAUGUCCCUGUGGGUGGAGUUCAUCACGGCCAGUGGUUAUUUGUCCGCCCGAAAGAUCCGCUCCAGGUUCCAGACCCUGGUGGCCCAGGCCUGCGACAAGUGCGCCUACCGCGACAUCGUCAAGAUGAUCGCCGACACCACGGAGGUGAAGCUACGCAUCCGGGAGCGCAUCAUUGUCCAGAUCACGCCCGCCUUCAAGUGCGCCGGCCUCUGGCCGAGAUCCGCCUCCCACUGGCCGCUGCCGGGCAUCCCCUGGCCGCAUCCCAACAUCGUCGCCGAGGUGAAGACCGAGGGAUUCGAUAUGCUCUCCAAGGAGUGCAUCGCACUGCAGGGCAAGAACUCCGCCAUGGAGGGCGACGCCUGGGUGCUCAGCUUCACCGACGCCGAGAACCGGCUGCUGCAAGGAGCGAGUCGACGACGCUGCCUGAGCAUUCUGAAGACCCUGCGUGAUCGUCACCUGGACCUGCCCGGCAAUCCGGUGACGUCGUACCACCUAAAGACCCUGCUGCUCUACGAGUGCGAGAAGCAUCCGCGCGAGAUGGAAUGGGAGGAGAACUGCAUCGCGGACCGGAUCAAUGGGAUAUUCCUGCAGCUGAUAUCCUGCCUGCAGUGCCGCCGCUGUCCGCACUACUUCCUGCCCAAUAUGGAUCUGUUCAAGGGCAAGUCGCCGGGUGCCCUGGAGAAUGCCGCCAAGCAGGUUUGGCGGCUCACCCGGAUCAUGCUGACCAAUGUCCGUUGCCUGGAGGAGCUGUAGAGCAGUAGAGCACACACUAAUAAGCACUAGCUACUACGAGGACCCAUUGGAUCUGCGGACGCUGCGGGGGCAGAACCGCCACUGGGCCUUCAUUUUUUUCAUACGCCUUUUGUUUUUUUAGUGAUUUUUUUUUCUACAACUAAAGACAAAGGAUCGCAAGGAUCAAGGGCGCUGGGAGGGUCGAAGCUGGGAAGGAGAAAUGUGAAAGAGAGAGAGAGAAAGCAGUGAAAUUGUAACCCAAAUACUAUUUGAUAUUUCGCUAGAUCGUAACUUAAGUUUAGGUGCUUUCGAAAAGUAUACGCCGCUUACAGAGUUUCCUAUAAUUAGAGCAUACUUAGUGUUAUCCAUUUAGAUCGUCAUCGUCGCAAAACGCACAAAAGUUACCAACUAGUUACAUUUGUAUGUACGACAUUUUUUUUUUUGAUUGGCCCAUUUGCUAAUAGCAAAGUGCAGAGCAAAAUUAGCUAAAUUAGCUGUAAGUCCUAAUGAAACUGAGACAGCCGAGCGGAGGAAUAUUUCCCCGUCGGUCCUAAAUUAUUUAUUCUAUGUUUUUGCCUUCUUCUUGUGAGUUUAGUCAAUAAAACGUAAGUUUUUCAAUGAAAA